GUCAUCAAAUAACAAGUAUCAAACAACUAAGAAAAGCGAGAGGAACAGAGAUAUCAGCCAUGGUAACUACUCCACAAUGGAUCAUGAUUGGGGGAGAUGGUCCUGAGAGUUACUACCAACAUUCCUCGAAUCAGAGAGCUUUGUUGGAAGCCGCAAAAGAAAAAAUGAACGAGGCUAUUUCAGCCAAACUCAGCCUCAACUUGAUUUCUGAUCGCUUCAGUGUCGCGGAUUUUGGUUGUGCCAGUGGACCUAAUACUUUUUUGGCAGUCCAAAACAUAAUAGAUGCGGUAGAAGACAAGUACCGCAAGGAAACUGGACAAAACCCGUUGGAGAACAUCGAGUUCCAAGUCCUCUUCAAUGACUCUACCACCAACGAUUUCAACACUCUCUUCCAGACACUUCCACCAGGCAGACGCUACUAUAGUGCUGGUGUUCCGGGCUCUUUCUUUGGCCGGGUUCUCCCUAAGCAUAGUUUCCACGUAGGAGUCAUCAGCUAUGCUUUCCAUUUCACCUCAAAAACCCCCAAAGGGAUCACCGACCGAGACUCUCCUCUGUGGAACAGAGACAUGCAUUGCACUGGCUUUAACGAAGCAGUCAAGAGAGCAUAUCUUAAUCAGUACUCGGCCGACACCAAGAAUCUAUUAGACGCUAGAGCUGAGGAGCUCGUACCCGGGGGACUGAUGCUGCUUUUAGGAUCGGGUCUAAGAGACGGGGUUAAGAUGUCCGAGACCGUUAAAGGAAUGGUGAUGGAUUUCAUGGGAGCGUCUCUUAGCGAUCUUGCUCAACAAGGUGUCGUCGAGCAAGACAAGGUUGACUCUUUUAGCACACCACUCUACUUCGCAGAAGAGGGCGAGUUAAGGCAAAUCAUAAAAGAGAAUGGGAAGUUCACAAUCGAGGCUUUUGAGGAUAUCAUUCACCCAUAUGGUGAGUUUCCACUUGACCCGAAGAUUUUGGCCGUCUCCUUUAGAGCUUCCUGUGGAGCUUUCUUAUCUGCACAUUUUGGAGCAUAUGCAAUGAGGAAAGCCUUUGAACUAGUCGAGGUCAAGGCACGUGAAGAGUUUUCUAAAAUCCAGAAUGCGAAACCUGGAAUGCAGUACCUCAUCGUGCUUCGCAAGAUCUGAUGAUCCAAAUAUAUUAUUACUUUUUAUAAUAUUUCAAAAUUAAUUUGUGUUAUGUUGCAAUUCUCCUUCUAUCAUCUCAUGAUGUGUUGCCUCUUUUUUAUAAAAAAAAAUCCAAAAUCGUCUCUUGUU